GGCUCGACUUGCCGACAUUUCCCGACCCAAGACAUUUUGGCGGCCUUCACAACGUGGAUGUGAUCGCUGCACCACGAGACUCGUUCAUGGCCGAACAAGCCAGCGACGCCGAUGUCUGGCUGAGCAGAGUCAACAUCGCCCAGGCAAGAAGCCAGAGGUUGUUGCAGUCGUGGCUACCGAAGAAUGCGACAUCCAGCAGCACUCCCGCGGAGGACGAGGACAACGAUGAUCAGGAUGAUUUCACCGGGUUGACUGAGAGCGCCGGACUCGGCACAAAACCGAAGGAAAGCGAUUUCGAGGUGGAUGGCAUUCUCAAGAAGCGUCACGCGUCGUCCAACGACAGAUUGCUCGAACAGCUGCUAGGGAAAAAGGCCGCGGCAGCAAAGAAGAAAGAGCAGGCUCUCGCGAAGCAGGCCAAGAGCAGCAUUGCGCUGGGUCGUACUGCACCGCUGCCCGCGAAAGGCACAUCUGCCUCCGGAAAGGGCGCACCGACGAGGUCUGCACAGCCAGUGGACAACAGUGAUGACGAAGACGAGCCUGGCCGAGCGGCCACUUUCACGGGCAAGAAAGUCACACGAGAUCGGCAUCUCCCUGCCUAUGCCACAGGAGGGACAGGCGCAAGAGGCACGACGCCCAUCGAAGAAGAUGCCACUCCCCCAGACCCGCGAGACGAUGCGGCAACCAUUGAAGCUAUCGAAAAAGGCACCAGUCGAGCACUCCAUCAACAGACCAAGGGCGAAGAAGAACCAGCACGCCCCCGGAAGAAGAAAGCCACGAGCUAUCUAGACGAAUUACUCAGCAAGAAGAAGCGGAAGAAGGCAAAGUCAUGAGGUGACCUGCGUACUCUACGAGCGAAUUUCAGUACUCCACGUCCGAGGCAUUGUACACUGCACUCUCGCUGAGAUGCAUCUUCCUCUUUGGGACGACGAACAUGUCUUUGCCUGAGACUGGCUGGCAAAACGCCCUUGAUUCAGCCAAAAGCUUUUGUAUCCUUUGUUCGACUACGCACAUGGCGCCGAAAGGCACUUGUCAGCCUCGAGGAGAGCGAGGUCUUCGCCUCAUGGGAGAGUAUGGGGAACCCAAGGGUUUCACAUCGACGUGAAGCACAGUUUUAUCCGGUUCGCAACGCCAAAAUCUUGCACUUGUGCUGCAUGGCCCAGAUCGGUAAUGAUUCUCGUUUCAGAUUCAUCACAAAUGUGCUGCUAUGUGCAGAAGGAUUCGCGACUGAUCGAUAUUCAGCAUGCAUGCUGCACAUCCCCUCUAUCCUCCCAAAUUCAAGACGCGCUUGCU